AUGGCCGAACAAUAUAAGCUGGCCCUUCUGAGAUCAAAUGACCCAACCAUCGACCCAUCGCGAGAUCAUAUUGGCCAAAGGCACUUCCAAGAUUAUAUGUACCCAACCAUUGGCCUUUGUGAGAUCAUAUAUGUAUUACCUUGGGCCGAUAUGCGAUUGGCCCUUCCGAGAUCAAAUGCACAACCGUCGGCCCAUGGCAAGAUCAUAUUGGCCGAACAAUAUCAGCCGGCCCUUCCGAGAUCAUAUACAUAUUACCUUGGGCCAAUGUGCGAUUGGCCGGCCCUUCCGAGAUCAAAUGCACCCAACCGUCGGCCCACGGGGAGAUUUUAUUGGCCGAAUGAGACCAUAUGCACCCUACCGUCGGCCCACGGCGAGAUCAUGUUGGCUGAACAAUAUCAGCUGGCCCUUCCGGGACCAUAUGCACCCUACCGUCGGCCCAUGGCGAGAUCAUAUUGGCCGAGCGAGAUCCAACCGUUGGCCCUUGCGAGAUCAUGUACAUAUUACUUUGGGCUGAAAACAAUUAACGGGCCCUUCCGAGAUGACAUGCAUGGGCCAAAGAAUCACUUGUUGGGCCUAUCUGUUACCCCUUCCACAACAUAUAUGCAGGGCCCAUCCGUCAGGGGCUCCGCCAGCACUUCGAAGGAAACUAUUGUUGUCCAGCGGCUGAAGCGACCGCUUGCCUCUGCUGCUGAAGCUGUGGUGAAGCGUCCUCAUUUGGACGCCGAUACUGAGUUGGACGAGGCACACGCUGAGUCUGCUCGACUUCGCGCUGAGAAUGCCGAGCUUCGCACUCGGAACAACAAGUAUUGGGUCGCUCUGACCAAGAUGCAUCAACAUUCCCAGAUGCAAGAGUCUGAGUUACUCCACAUGAGCAACCAGCUGUAUCUUUUGGCGCAUGAUUGGGGAACUUGGGAGAAGGAGCUCUGCGAAGUCCUAGAGGAGUAG